AGAUGAAGUUCUACUCCCGCUACUCCUGUACUUCACCACUGCUGAUCUGCGCAGAUAAGACAUGAGUACAUCCUGAUUUUUAUCUCCUCUGACUUCAGAAAAAGAAGCUGAUCGCUGGUAGGCAAACGAGUUUGUAAAAGUGAGCGGGGCAGGUAGAGAGAUAGGCUAGACAGAUAGGCAUAGAUAAAAAAAAACAGGGACGAGAUAGAGAGAUAGAGAGAUAGAUAGAUAGGGACCGUUCGGUGGGAGAGAGGCAGAUGGAGAGAGAGAGGGGUGGGAUCUUCUAUGGAGCGUUUCCUGUCCUUGAGAGCCCAGGACAGCACCGAUCGUAAAAAAGUGGAGGCGCGUGCGGGAGGGUCAGCGUCACUCUGAAAAGUGGAAGAAGUCACUUCUAUUAUUUUGGGGAAGAGAUGGUUUAUUGCAGACAAAGGCGGAUCUAGGGCACCUUCCCAGUUGUACGGAUCAGCCCCGAUAACAGAGGGGGAAGCGCAUUCCCGUUUAAUCCUCUUACGGAAGAGAAUACCGUUCGUUUUAUUUCAGUCCGUAUAUGAAGUGGAACUCUACUAUUUGGCAGGCUAUAGAGGACUUUAUCGAAAUGAUGCACAUCUGCAAACGUAACCUCAACUGCCCUGCAGAUCACGGGCAGAGAUGAAGACGCUCCAUCGUCCCUCCCCAAAGUGGUAUGACACCCGGCUACCAGACACCUGCGUCAGGCCCGAGACCCCCCAUGUCUUCAGCCUCCCCCGGCCAUCUUCGGAUGAGAGGAUAUGAUUGCUUUCCCAGAAGGGCUGGAGCCGAAUGAUUGUGCGAGUCCAGAGAGAAAUGCAUAUUUGCCAUUCGCAGUUUCCGCUAAAAAUUUAAGCACAACAACCUAAUUGACAACGAACAAUUCUAAAACUAAAGCAUAAUACUUCAUAAACUAUUUUUUAUAUAAAACAAAAGUUGUAUUGUAUAAGUGUCCACCCCGUAUAAACUAUAACGCGUAAGGUUCAGGGAUCUGCUUGUUGGGAAAACAUUUUUUUUUUUUAUCAGAAUGGAAACAUCGUUUUUUUCCAGCCUAAAUAAACAUUGGAUUUCAUGCUGAUAGAGUCCGCGAGGGACACGACAGUGGCACCGCUAGCCUUUCACCGGACUCUCGGACUUGGACCAUGCCUAUGGUCGAUUCCUGUGCCAUGCUCCCGCAGUUGCUGUUGCUCUUGCGCUGCCUCUCUCUGACUGUUGCCCAGUACACCUCUGGCGCCCCGUACAGCAGCUGCAAGUCGCUGGUUAGUACGGACGACGGGCAGACAUGGGAGUACUACGCUUGCCAACCCAGACCCAUGGCCAUGAAGCAGUUCAUGCAGAUCAAAGUAGACCCGGAGAACAUCACUUGCGGAGCCCCACCCGAAAGGUUCUGCACGCUGGAGAACCCUUACAUGUGCAGUGACGAGUGUGACGCGUCCACCCCGGAGUUGGCCCACCCCCCCAGCCUCAUGGCUGACUCGGAGAUCAGCGGACCCAUCACCUACUGGCAGACCGUCACCUGGAGCGCGUUCCCGACCCCCCUGCUGGCCAACAUCUCCCUCUCCUGGAACAAGAGCCUGGAGCUGACCGACGACAUCCUCAUCACCUUCGAGUACGGCCGUCCCACUAUCAUGGUGCUGGACAAGUCUCUGGACAAAGGCCGCACCUGGCAGCCGUACCAGUUCUAUGCCGACGACUGCCUGGAGGCGUUUGGCAUGCCGCCCAAGAAGGUGUCGGAGCUGUCGGCGACCAACGUGACACGGGUCAUCUGCACGGAGCAGUACUCACGCUGGGUGGGCUCCAAGAACGAGAAGAACGUGCGCUUCGAGGUGCGGGACCGCUUCGCCAUCUUCGCUGGGCCGGGACUGCGGAACAUAGACAACCUGUACACGCGCAUGGAGAGCAUGAAGGGCCUCCGCGACUUCUUCACCUUCACCGACCUCCGGCUGCGCCUGCUUCGUCCCGCACUCGGCGGAACCUACGUCCAGCGGGACAACCUGCUCAAGUACUUCUACGCCAUCUCCAACAUCGAGGUCCCUGCCAGGUGCAAGUGUAACCUGCACGCUGACCAGUGCACUAGCCGAGACGGGACUCUGCAGUGCGACUGUGAACACAACACCACUGGACAGGACUGUGCCCGCUGUGCCAAGGCCUUCAAGGCCAAGUCCUGGAAGCCUGGAUCCUACCUGCCCACGCCCAGCGGAUCACCCAACACCUGUGAAGCGGCUGGUUCUCUUGGCAACUGCGAGUGCUACGGACACUCAAACCGCUGCAGCUAUAUCGAUUUCAUCAACAUUGUGACGUGCGUCAGCUGCAAACACAACACUAGGGGGCAGAACUGCCAGCACUGUCGCCUGGGAUACUACCGCAACGGCUCGGCUGAUCUGGACGAUGAGAACGUUUGCAUAGAAUGCAACUGCAACCAGCUGGGCUCUCUGCAUGCCCGCUGUAACGAAACAGGCUUCUGCCAGUGCAGAGAGGGCACCACGGGGCAGAAGUGUGAGGACUGUGUACCCGGCUUCACCUGGAAACAGGGCUGCAUCCCUAACGUGUGUGACGACGAGAUGCUCAUGUGCCAGAACGGCGGCACGUGUGUGCAGAACCAGAAGUGUGUGUGCCCGCCGGAGUUCAAGGGCGUGCUGUGUGAGCAAGAGCGCUGCACCGGCAAGAAGGGCUGCGACGGCGCCGCGUCCUGCUCCCUCAGCUCGACCGCCGCUCUGCUCUGCCUGCUGCUCCACGGCCUGCUGCUGAGGCUGCCCGCCUGAGGGGCGGCGCCAGCGAGCGAGCGCUGCGCUGACCCCAACACACACACCAACACCUCCACCAAUACUACUACUACUACUACUGUUACUUC